GCUCGAAGAACCUCGGACGCGAGAGGACGCGAAUCCAAUCGGGAUUAUCGGCUCUAAUUAACUUCCAAGUGACGCGACUGGGAAGAAUUAGUUGUUGAAAAAAGGCGAAAAACUGUGAGCUUUGCAGAAAAUUAUUUGGUAAAUAAAUAACAGUGGCAGGAAACAAUGGACUCUAAGAAGGUACUUUUGUUCGUAAGGUCAAGGCCAUAACACUAUCGUAGAAGGUGAAAUGUUUUAGUUUGAAUUUUAAGAGUCGUGAAAAUAUAGUGCACGAAGACAAGAUAUGGAAAGUGACGCAACAACCUAAUCGUUUCUUUAAUCUACUGUAUUAUCGAGCACUGUCGCUAGUAUUUCUGUACAAUUUUCUCAAGUAUCGAAUCGAGUUUUUUUCUUUCGCGAAAAAGGUGGUGAAUAAUUUAUCACGUCAAGUAUGCGCGGGAAUUUCACAAAGAAAUUCGGUAUCGCGUUUUACGCGAUGCUGGUGGUCCAGUGAAAGUUUCUGAGAAACGUGGUAUCCUUUCUGGGAAAGAACGAAGCCACCCGAUGGAUCGAUCGAGCGAUAAAAUGCGAGCAAGAGGUCUCUUCGUGGCUCUUGGAGAUUUUGUUCGCUCCUCGAUGGCUCGUGUUGUCGCUUGAAUGCGGAACGCUUCAGGGAUCGAAUCACGAGGCGACUCUGAUGAUCUAUGCCCGAGAAGGAAGAAAGGUUACUCGGUGAAUCCGGCGAGAUAUUUCCAUCGCGGAGGAUUAUUUGAAUCUGUUGGGGAAAGGUGCUCUAUGUCAUUGUCACGGCCAUGCCUCUCAGGUCGGAAGCCUCCUCGUCGAGGGACACCCUCGAUACUGCCACCACCACCACGGACGAGCGACGACGCACCGGAAGAUACGUCGCCGGCGGUGCUCUGCUCGCGGUCACGUUGCUCGCUCUGCAUCAUGCUCUUCUGCGGGACACAUCAACCAUAACUGGGGUCUGCAUACCAGCCAUAAUAAUGGUGUCCUACAUUGUCUGGAUUCUGUAUUCCGCCCACCGGGACAGGCGAAAGGCGUCUCGGUUCGCCAUGGCGAUGCGGCUGACGGAAGUCAUCAGUGUCCCACCUAGAUCGGGUGAUGCUGGGAACAAUACCAGCGCCGGCGAUCGACGGAAGGAUCGUUCGAUAUUAGCCUACGGCGAGCGGGAAUAACGAGAGAAUCCUGCCGUCUCUUCCAAGGACGAGGCUGUGCGAGGAUGACGAUCAUCGACUCCCAUUUGUUUCUAUUCCACGUGGCUAUUAGCGAUUAAGACAUCUUAAGUGAAGAUAUAUUGGGUUUGUUCGGAAAAUAAUUUCGUAUUUCGUCCACCAGAAUGAUUAAUUUUUCGUGAGUUGCGUUACGUUAUUUUAAGUGAGAAUGGAGGAAAAUGUAUGUUUAUGCGCGCGAAUGCAAAAAUAUA